AUGGCUCCCAAGAUCGCUAUCGUCUUCUACUCCAUGUACGGCCACAUCCUCAAGCUGGCCGAGGCUGAGAAGAAGGGUAUUGAGGCUGCUGGCGGUUCCGCCGACAUCUUCCAGAUCGCCGAGACCCUCUCCGACGAUGUUCUGGCUAAGAUGCACGCUCCCCCCAAGUCCAGCUACCCCAUUGCUGAGGCCAACACCCUCCUUGAGUACGACGCCGUUCUCUUCGGUAUCCCCACUCGCUACGGUAACUUCCCCGCUCAGUGGAAGGCCUUCUGGGACCGCACUGGUGGUAUCUGGGCCUCCGGUGGCUACUGGGGCAAGUACGCUGGUCUCUUCGUUUCCACCGGUACCCAGGGUGGUGGUCAGGAGUCCACCUGCCUUGCUGCCAUGAGCACUCUCGCUCACCACGGUUUCGUCUACGUCCCUCUCGGCUACAAGACCGUCUUCGCCCAGCUGUCCAACCUCAACGAGGUUCACGGUGGUAGCGCCUGGGGUGCUGGUACCUUUGCUGGUGCCGACGGCUCCCGCCAGCCCAGCGCUCUCGAGCUCGAGGUUGCUGAGGCCCAGGGCAAGGCCUUCUACGAGCACGUUGCUGCCCACAACUUCGCUUGA